GCUGCUCCUUGGAUAGAGCAGGACUGGUGCCUGUGGUACUUCACUGGUCCUCAGCUGGAGUGAUUGCUUAUGACAUCAGAGAUGUCAGCCUGUUCCUGCCUUCUCUCUGUCAACUGAUUGGUAAGCUUCAGCCAUGAGCAGAGACAGUGGCAUGGAGGUGUUUGGUGAGGCUGCACCGUACCUGCGCAGACCAGAGAAGGAAAGAAUAGAAGCCCAGAACCAGCCAUUUGAUGCCAAAACCUUCUGCUUUGUGGCUGACCCCGAGGUGGAGUACACCAAAGGGAAGAUCAAGGCUGCACAGGAUGGGAAGAUAACUGUUGAGACAGAGGAUGGCAGGACAGUUGCUGUGAAGCCUGCUGAUGUGUAUGCCAUGAACCCACCUAAGUUUGACAGAAUUGAGGAUGUGGCCAUGCUGACUCACCUGCAUGAACCUGCUGUCCUCUACAACCUCAAGGACCGCUACAGCUCCUGGUUGAUCUAUACCUACUCGGGUCUCUUCUGUGUCACUGUCAACCCCUACAAGUGGCUGCCGGUGUACAACCCGGAGGUGGUGUUGGCCUACCGAGGCAAGAAGCGCCAGGAGGCUCCUCCACACAUCUUCUCUAUCUCUGACAACGCCUAUCAGUUCAUGCUGACUGAUCGUGAAAAUCAGUCCAUCCUCAUCACCGGAGAAUCCGGUGCAGGCAAGACUGUGAACACCAAGAAGGUCAUCCAGUACUUUGCAACAAUUGCAGCCAGUGGGGACCUGGCCAAGAAGAGGAAGUCCUGGAUGAAGGGCACUCUUGAGGAUCAAAUCAUCAGUGCCAACCCACUGCUGGAGGCCUUUGGCAAUGCCAAGACUGUGAGGAACGACAACUCCUCACGCUUUGGUAAAUUCAUUCGUAUUCAUUUUGGUACCUCUGGAAAACUGGCUUCUGGUGACAUUGAGACCUACUUGUUGGAAAAGUCAAGAGUCACUUUCCAGCUGAAAGCUGAGAGAAGCUACCACAUCUUCUACCAGAUCCUCUCCAAUAAGAAGCCUGAGCUGCUUGCGCUGCUCCUCAUCACAGCCAACCCAUACGACUACCCCUUCAUCAGCCAAGGGGAGAUUUCAGUGGCCAGCAUUGAUGACCAGGAGGAGCUUGCUGCUACAGAUGCAGCCAUUCACACUUUGGGCUUCAGCCCCAGUGAGAGAGUGGGGAUUUACAAAGUGACAGGGGCAAUCCUGCACCAUGGGAACAUGAGGUUCAAGCAGAAACCGCGUGAGGAGCAGGCAGAGCCAGCUGGCACAGAAGAGGCUGACAAAGCUGCAUACCUGAUGGGCCUGAACUCGGCAGACUUGCUGAAAGCUUUGUGCUACCCCCGGGUGAAGGUGGGGAAUGAGUACGUGAUGAGAGGCCAAACGGUGGAUCAGGUGCACCAGGCAGUGAAUGCCAUUUCCAAGUCAGUCUAUGAAAAGCUCUUCCUGUGGAUGGUGAUGCGCAUCAACCAACAGCUGGACACGAAGCUGCCACGGCAGCACUUCAUCGGGGUCCUGGACAUUGCUGGCUUUGAGAUUUUUGAGUUCAACAGCCUGGAGCAGCUCUGCAUCAACUUCACCAAUGAGAAACUGCAGCAGUUCUUCAACCACCACAUGUUCGUGCUGGAGCAGGAGGAGUACAGGAAGGAAGGGAUUGAGUGGGAGUUCAUUGACUUUGGGAUGGACCUGGCUGCCUGCAUUGAGCUUAUAGAAAAGCCCAUGGGCAUCUUCUCCAUCCUGGAAGAGGAGUGCAUGUUCCCCAAGGCAACUGACACCUCUUUCAAGAACAAGCUGUACGACCAGCAUCUGGGCAAAUCUGACGUCUUCCAGAAGCCCAAACCUGGCAAAGGCAAGGCUGAGGCUCACUUCUCCCUGGUGCACUAUGCUGGCACAGUGGACUACAAUAUCACUGGCUGGCUGGAGAAGAACAAGGACCCCCUGAAUGAAACUGUCAUUGGGUUGUACCAGAAGUCGUCUAUGAAAAUUUUAUGCAGUCUUUAUGCCACCUUUGGUUCCAUAGAUGAAGCUGAAAGUGGUGCUAUUAAGAAGAAAGGAACCAAGAAAAAGGGCUCUUCCUUCCAAACAGUCUCUGUGCUCUUUCGGGAAAACCUCAACAAGCUGAUGUCCAACCUGCGAACGACUCACCCUCACUUUGUGCGCUGUAUCAUUCCCAAUGAAACAAAGACCCCAGGCCUGAUGGAUCACAAGCUUGUUCUGCACCAGCUGCGGUGCAACGGCGUCCUGGAAGGCAUCCGGAUCUGCAGGAAGGGAUUUCCUAACAAGAUACCUUAUGGGGAUUUUAAACAAAGGUACUGCCUCCUGAAUGCCAGUGCCAUUCCGGAGGGGCAGUUCAUGGACAGCAGGAAGGCGUGCGAGAAGCUGCUGUCCUCCAUUGAGAUAGAUCACACUCAGUACAAAUUUGGACACACUAAGGUGUUCUUCAAGGCAGGUUUGCUGGGGGUCCUGGAGGAGAUGCGGGAUGAUUGCUUGGGGCAGCUGAUUGUGCAGACACAGGCCUUAUGCAGGGGGUACCUCAGGAGGCUGGAGAUGAGGAGAAUGUUUGACCGGAGGGAGUCCAUCUUCUGCAUCCAGUACAACAUCCGAGCGUUCAUGAAGGUCAAGCACUGGCCCUGGAUGAAGCUGUUCUUCAAGAUGAAACCCCUCUUAAAAAGUGUGGGAACUGAGAAAGAGUUGGCCACAAUGAAGGAAAAGUUUGAGAGAAUGAAAGAAGAGUUGGCUAAAUCAGAGGCCAGGAGGAAAGAACUGGAAGAAAAGACGGGAACUCUGGUGCAAGAGAAAAAGGAGCUACAGCUGCAAGUACAGGCUGAAACUGAAAAUUUGGCUGACGCAGAAGAAGGAUGUGACCAGCUGAUCAAAGUGAAGUUCCAGCUGGAGGCAAGGAUAAAGGAGAUCAUGGAAAAACUGGAGGAUGAAGAGGAGAUAAAUGCUGAUCUGGCAGCCAGAAAGAGGAAACUGGAGGAUGAGUGCUCUGAGCUGAAGAAAGACAUUGAUGAUCUUGAGUUAACUCUGGGCAAGGGUGAAAAGGAAAAGCAUGCCACAGAAAACAAGGUUAAAAAUCUAACAGAAGAAAUGACAGGUUUGGAUGAGACCAUUGCAAAGUUAGUCAAGGAGAAGAAGGUCCUGCAAGAAGCCCACCAGCAGGCACUUGAUGACCUGCAAAUGGAGGAGGACAAAGUUAACACCCUCACCAAAGCCAGAAUGAAGCUGGAGCAGCAAGUGAACCAAGCUGAAGGACUUUUAGAACAGGAAAGAAAAGGUUGUAUGGAUCUUGAACAUGCAAAGAGAAAGCUUGAGGGAGACUUGAAGCUUGCCCAGGAAACCAUCGAGGAUCUGGAGAAUGCUAAGCAGCACUUGGAUGAAAAAUUAAGGAAGAAGGACUUGGAUUUCCACCAGAUGCAAAACAAAGCCGAGGAGCAGCAGAAUUCAGGUGCUCGACUGCAGAAGAAGAUCAGAGAACUGCAGGCCCGCGUCGCAGAGCUGGAGGAGGAGGCUGUGAGCGAGAAGGCCACGCGGGUAAAAGCGCAGAAGCACUGUGACGAGCUGGCUCGUGACCUGGAGGGGAUCAGUGCAAGGCUGGAGGAGGCUGGAGGAGCCAGCACUGCUCAGGUGGAGCUGAACAAGAAGCGAGAGGCAGAGUUCCAGAAGCUGCGUCGUGACCUGGAAGAGGCCACGCUGCAGCACGAGGCCACGGCUGCCGCCCUGCGCAAGAAGCACGCGGACAGCACCGCUGAGCUUGGGGAGCAGAUCGACAACCUGCAGAGAGUGAAGCAGAAGCUGGAGAAGGAGAAGAGUGAGCUCAAGAUGGAGGUUGAUGACCUGGCCAGUAGGACAGAGACCAUCGCUAGGUCCAAGGCUCAUCUGGAGAAGAUGCACCGCACCCUGGAGGAUCAGCUGAGAGAUAUAAAAGCCAAAUUUGAGGACAACCAGAGAAACGUGCAUGAGGUGGCGAUGCAGAAAGCCCAGCUCCAGGCAGAGUCAGGAGAGCUGAGCCAUCAGCUGGAGGAGAAAGAAGCUGUAGCAUUGCAACUGUCCAGGAGCAAGCAGGGGAUUGCACAACAAAUAGAAGAACUUAAAAGGCAGCUGGAGGAAGAGAGCAAGGCCAAGAACGCCCUGGCCCACGCCUUGCAGUCUGCUCGCCACGACUGUGACCUGCUGCGGGAGCAGUAUGAGGAGGAGCAGGAAGCCAAGGGGGAGCUGCAGAGGGCCCUGUCCAAGGCCAACAGCGAAGUGGCCCAGUGGAGAACCAAAUAUGAGACGGACGCCAUUCAGCGCACGGAGGAGCUGGAGGAGGCCAAGAAGAAGCUGUCUCAGCAUCUCCAAGAAGCAGAGCGGCAGGCAGAGACUGUGAAUUCAAAGUGCGCCACCUUGGAGAAGGAGAAGCUGAAGUUGCAGGGGGAGGUGGAGGAUCUGACAGUGGACGUAGAGAGAGCAAACACAUUAGCAGCUGCCCUGAACAGGAAGCAGCAGAACUUCGAUAAGGUGGUGGCAGAAUGGAAGGGAAAGUAUGAGAAGAGCCAGCUGGAGUGGGAGACUUCCUCUAAGGACUCACGUUCGCUGCACUCGGAGCUUUUCAAGGUGAAGAAUGCCUACGAGAACAGCUUGGAUCAGCUGGAAACAGCCAGGCGGGAAAACAAGACCCUGAAGCAGGAAGUAGCUGAUCUGACUGAACAAAUUACUGAGAAGGGCAAAAUGAUCAGAGACCUCGAGAAAGCAAAAAAGCAAGCCGAAGUAGAAAAAUCCCAGCUGCAGUUAGCUCUGGAAGAGGCAGAGGCAGCUCUUGAGCGUGAAGAGGUCAAAAUCCUUGGUCUCAACCAAGAGCUGGCUCAGAUUAAAUCAGAAAACAGCAGGGUAGCUGAGAAAGAUGAGGAGAUCAGCCAGUUGAAAAAGAACCAUCAAAGGACUGUGGAGACAAUGCAAGGUGUUUUAGAUGCUGAGAUGAGGAGCAGAAGUGAAUCCUUAAGGCUGAAGAAGAAGAUGGAGGGAGACCUGAAUGAAAUGGAGAUCCAGCUGAGCCAUGCCAACUGCCAGGCUGCAGAGGCACAGAAACACCUGCUCAGUAUCCAGGGAAUACUUAAGGACACUCAGCUGAACCUGGAGGAUGCUGUCCGAGCACAGGAGGACCUGAAGGAGCAGGUAGCCACAGUGGAGCGCAGAGCAAACCUGCUGCAGGCUGAAGUUGAGGAUCUAAAGGCAGCCCUGGAGCAAACAGAGCGGUUGAGGAAAGUGGCUGAGCAGGAGCUUGUGGAUGCCACUGAACGUCUGCAGCAACUCCAUACCCAGAACACCAGCAUUUCUAAUGCAAAGAAGAAGCUGGAAGCUGAGAUGGCACAAAUCCAGACUGAGAUGGAAGAUGUUAGCAAUGAAGCAAGAAGUGCUGAGGAACGGGCAAAGAAGGCAGUGACAGAUGCAGCAGUGAUGGCAGAAGAGCUGAAGAAGGAGCAUGAUACCAGCACCCACCUGGAGAGGAUGAAGAAGAACCUGGACCUGACAGUGAAGAACCUGCAGCACCGUCUGGAUGAAGCUGAGCAGCUGGCCCUGAAGGGAGGCAAAAAACAGCUCCUGAAGAUUGAGGCCAGGAUCCGAGAGCUGGAAGCUGAGCUGGAGGAAGAGCACAAACAGUCCAUGGAGGCAAUGAAAAGCAUCCGCAGACAUGAGCGGCGCGUUAGAGAGCUGACGCUCCAGAGUGAAGAAUACAGGAAGAAUAUGAUGAGGUUACAAGAUCUGGUAGAUAAACUGCAGAUGAAAAUCAAGUCUUACAAAAGGCAGGCUGAGGAAGCUGAUGAACAAGCAAAUACUAAUCUCUCCAAGUUCAGACAAGUGCAGCAUAAGCUAGAAGAGGCUGAGGAAAGGGCAGAUGUUGCUGAGAGUCAAGCAAACAAGCUCAGAGCUAAAACCCGACAAGUCCCCUCCACUAAGGUGGUGUUAGGAGGUGAAAAAUGAGCUUCUUCUGGGCUAAGCACAAUUUACAGUCUCCUUCCAGCGGUUGAUUUGCAGUAGUUAGAGCUACACUGGUAGGAAGUAAUCUUCCAUUUGCUUCUGGACACAGUUUGUACCGCACUGCUGCUGUGCCAGCAUCAAUAAAGUAGACAUCUACAACUUCAGAUGCUCCACAUGUUGAUAUUCAUGAGAGACUAAUUUUCUUGCUAAGUUAAGCAUAGUCAAAACUGUGGUUUGGAGUCUUACUGGUGCUGUGAUUGUGUUUGAGCCAUUUUUGUUCUACAUCAAAGUCUAGGUGUCUGGCAUGCUUCCUUCAGUCCUUCUGCUUGAAAGCAAGUAUCCUGACCUUGGUAAAUGAGGCUGAGAGUAAGCAUGAGCAGCUGUGGGACAUCAGACGUGCAGUGUGAACAGAACUGCACCAUUCAUGCUGUUGCAUUGCUGUAUCUCUGCAAGGGACAACGAGGCUAGCCCAGCCUGGGAGCCACCUCUGUUAUGAAUCAAGCAUUUCUAACCUCUUUGUAGUCAAACCACAGCUCAGGAAGGUGGCACACUUCUGAGCUAUCCAGUGUGCUACCCAUCCAGUCGAUGAGGACUUGAACUUGGAUGUCUCACAUGCCUGUCACACUGGGAACAGUUACCAAGUGAUCUGCUUGCAACAAUAGCCUUUGGAACAAUAACGUCUGCAUGAAUGCGGAGUUGUGCCUCUGCUCUGCCUGCUGAACCAGCUGAGUCUUCAUCUGCACCGUGCUGGACGUGCCAGGGAACGGCACAGAAGGCUGGGGUGAUGCCAAAGGGCCUUCUUCCAAGAACUAGCAUCAGAUCCAUCCCCUGAGGGUGAGGGAUUGCAUUUAGUGGCCACACUUUAUCAGCUACCUAAUGUACUGUCAAUCCCUGACCACUUGCUCCUGCUUGCUACUGCUGCUGCUGUGCAUCGCUCCAGCUGAGCGUGGACUCCCAGGGGAGACUGGUGACUAGUUGUUCCAGCUGGAAAGCUUUUCCAGAAGAGUGAGAGUUUUUGUCCCCCAGAGUUCUUAAUGUCCAGAUCAGGUUUCUCUGAAUGAAUGAAAAUGAAACAGAAAUAAAAAAUAAAUGAGAUACAAAAAUAAAGUGGAAUGUAAGAAA